CUGCCAAAGUCAGCAGGCCAACAAUCUGCUGAGUGUGUGAAGAAGAAAUGUCGUUUGAAGACAGGAUCAUACAUUUACUCGCAUAUUUAAGAACCGAUUUUAGGAGUCCAAGGUCUGGUACCUACAGGACCUCAGAACCUGAACAUAAACCUGAGAACAAAAAUGCUGCCAUAGUCGAGCUAAAGAAGAUACUGAAACCCAUCUGGCAUCUUGUUUUGAUCGGAAUUCUGAGCGGGAUCCUCAUCAUGGUGGUAUUAAUCAUCAUCAUCGAGUGGAACACCAAGCAAAACGUGAUAACGAGUCUAGAGAAGGUCAAAGAGGAGAUGAAGAGCAACACCGAAAAGCUGCUAGAGGAGAAAAGCAGGAUUUCAGAACAGCUGAACUUAACCAACACAAACUUCUCCAUUCUGAUGGCGGAGUAUGAACGGCUGUUGCUCGAACAUCCGUGCAAUUAUACCCAGCUGGAGAAGAAAAUUAUCAGCCUGCAUAAGGUUUUGAGCAACGCUUUAAAAACUAAAGAAAAGGUUGAGGGGGAAGUCAAGCAGCUGACGUCCCAACUAAAGUCUACCCAGAAAAAUGACCAGCUUACGGAGCUGGAGAACAAGAAACAGCGUUCGUUCCUGUCCUCCAAGUAUCUUGACUACAUUUGGGAUCUUUGUAACCGGACCACGCUGCAGUGCUCCCGCUGCCUGCCGGGGUGGAAGGAGCACGCUUCCCGGUGCUUCCUCCUGUCCAACUUGGACGAGAAAUGGGAAAAUGCUCGAAUCGAGUGCCGCAACUACAAAGGAGACCUAGCUGUCGUCCUGAACGCCGCAGACCAGGCUUUCCUGACGAACCUGACGUUCCAGUUUGCAAAGGCAAAUCCCGGCAUGACCUUCCACUCAGCGUGGAUCGGGCUGCAGGACAUGGUCAAGGAAGGAGACCACAUCUGGGUCAAUGGAGAGAGAAUCAAACCGGAUGUCAUAUACUGGAGACCUGGCGAGCCCAACAACGCCGUAGCUGCCUGGGACACUGAGCAAGCCGGUCAGGACUGCGUGUCCAUUCUACCACCAGAUGAGGUGGGACCUAAGGGCUGGUUGGACAGCUGGGAUGACAUUACUUGUGUUGGGAAACGUCACUACAUCUGUGAGACUGAUGCCCUGAUUUUGACCUAGGAUGGAAGAAGUCCUGUUUUAAUCUGGCCACAA